GCUGUUGGUCGGGCCCGCGGAAAUGGGCGAGCAUAAUCUCCUUAAUCCCGGGUUUGUGGGACCUUUGGUAAACAUCCACACUGGAGAUACAUUUUACUUUCCAAAUUUUAGAACCUCUGGAGGACAACUGGCGGGGCUACCAUCUCUGUCGUACCCAAGAAGGGACAAUGUUUGCUCCUUGCCGUGGAACCCAUCGGAGCCGUGCAAUGGAUAUCCUCAAUCCUACUUCAACAGCCCUGUAUCCAUUAACCCUUCCUUUAACCGUUCGUGUGAAAUAAUCCGACCGGAGGAAGGCAAGUGUUAUUAUAGCAACAGCAAUGCAAACAGAGAGAGCUGCUCUGAUGGCAACAGUCUUAAACGGGAGGAGAGAGCAAGAGACAAUUCUGUACCGUCUGAGCAUGGGCUGCACAAUGGGAUGACCAACGGGGGUACCUAUUCAAAGUAUGACUAUGGGACUGAGCAGAUCAGUCAGGAUCCGCCGUCUUGUCAAUCUCUGGAGUCCGAUUCCAGCUCGUCGCUGCUCAACGAGGGAGGCAAGACCUCCACCAGCGACCCCCAGACCAUGGUAUCGCCGGGAAAUCACACAAACAUUGCCUCUGGCGGAGGUGCGCCAUGGUACCCGAUGCAUACUCGCACCCGCAAGAAAAGAAAACCAUACUCCAAGCUACAGCUGGCAGAACUGGAGGGCGAGUUCAUGCUCAAUGAGUUCAUAACCAGGCAGCGACGGAGAGAGCUGUCCGACCGGCUUAAUCUCAGCGACCAGCAGGUUAAAAUCUGGUUCCAGAAUAGGAGAAUGAAGAAGAAAAGACUCAUGAUGCGGGAGCAGGCUCUGUCGUUCUUUUAGAGGAAUGACAUGAAGAAUAGUAUUCCCACAUAAUUCUGCAGUAGCCCCAUCCCCUCGAUGAGGUUUACUGCUGCAGCUGGUUUUCGCAAGAAAAUGCACAUUUGCUCCCCACAGUCAACGCUCAGUAAGUGUAAAUACCAGAUAUCAUACAGCAAGAGAUACAGACAACGAGCAGGGAUAAACAAGUGAGAGUGAGAACCCAGUUGACAGUGUGGUGUAUGUGUAUUUAAGUGGUGUCAGUAUUUAGUGUUUGGCUGUCGAAGAGGAGGAUAUUAUCCAGUGUAUUUCCGGGCAUAUGACUUAGCCACUGUUGCAUCUAUACGAUUAAGUGACGUUGAAAAUACAAGUGUAAUACAGAAGCUUCUUCAUAUGCUUUAAAGUAUUAAUAUGACGACUGGUGAUAGAUAUAUGAGAUGAGAACUAUUUAUUUUGCUUGGGAGGCUUCUUGAAUUGUCAUCAGAAAUCCCAUUUAGUAUUUAGGCCACUUCAUUUGCCUCUAAGCAAAUUCAAUGAUUUAAGAUGUCAGGGGAAGUGUAACAGGGGAAACUAAGGUCAUAUGAAAAUUACAAAAAGAGAACACACCAGCUGAAGGGUUCCAAACCAACGCAUCUCCACUGCAGUGACUCAUUCGCCUUCAUGCCCUCAUCUGCGCCACACUUUUCACGUAUUCUAAGCAUGUGCUAGUUUGGAGAAGGAUCAAGCCCAACAGUUCAGUGGCCUAUCCCCAGUGACAGAACCUAGCCUAUCUAAAUCCGUAUCUCCCUGUUUGUAGUUUCCACCACGUGUGCCGGCACGUUCACGGUCACGGACACAAAGUUGGUCCAAAGUUACAUAUCUGACGUUGGGAAAGCUAACCACAGUGCCCAUUUUCACACCAGCAUUUUAUGGACAGACACAUCAUGUAUUUAUUACAAUUGGCAGAAAAAUAUUUCUGUUCUGUUUCAUGACAUUGUUUCUUCCACAAGACUUGUGAGUGCUGAUGAUCAAGGGCGAUGCAGUAAUGGAUAAUGCAGUGUGUACCCGACUCUCUGCUGGUAUUCUAAAGGCCCCGUUGAUAUCUGGGGCUUUGUACAUAGACAGUAGUCGAACUUGAAAUCCCAACAACUCUCCUGUGCCUUUGCAGGGGCAAAGCGUAGGCCUACGUCAUUACUGCACUUUUUCCUCCUUUAUGUUUGAAGCCUGGAAUCACAUAAGACAAACCGCAAUGUAAAAAGCGUUUUAAAGAAAGCGUUUUUAACAUUAUUCAUUAUAUUUAAU